AGCAAUUACUUUUGUGUACAUCGUUUGCCAUUUAGCAUCUUGUGGUUAAGUUAUACACCAUUGUAUGAACACCACAGGAAUUUAGAAUAAGAACAUUUUUUGUUCGCCAUUCAUUUUUGUUGAAGAACAUUUUCACUUUUUAUGAUAUCAUUUAUAAGCAUAGCUAUUUAAUUUUGUGUUAAAUGAUUUGCUAAGUUUAUUAAGCUUAUUUCAAUAAUAAUCAUCAAUUAUAACAAUUUGAUUGUUCAUCAAGUACAGUUCAUCAAGAAAUUUUGAAAAUGUCGAGUGACGAGGAAGCACAUUUAAAGCCAUCUACUUCUCAAACUAAUGUCCCGGCCCACAAAGAGCCAAAUGAGCAAGGUGCUGCUGCUCAAGAAGUAGGUGAAGCUAGUACUAGUGCUCUGCAAGUAUUUGAAGAAAAAACUCCAGUUGAUGAAUACAUUCGUCUACGUAUAAUUACUAGCGAUAUGACAAAUGAAGUGCAUUUUCGUGUUAAGGCUGGUACAGCAUUGGGCCGUUUGAAGCGUUCAUACAGUAACAGACUCGGUUUUCAGCAAGACGAAUUGCGUUUUGUCUUCGAUGGCCAUCGCAUCCAUGAUGAUGACACACCAAAGUCAUUGAACAUGCUUAAUGAUGAUGUGAUUGAGAUAUAUCAAGAAAGAACUGGUGGUAUGUAAUGCAAACCUGUAAAAUUAAUUAAAUUUUUAAUUUAAACAUUUGCUUUGUACUAAAGUUUCUUACUUAAUUUCACAUCUAAUAAAAUAAUAACUUUUUUUUAUAAUUUGCUAUAUUUCAAAGGUUUUCAUAAGUUAAAAAAAGGAUCAAACAUUAAACUUUCAAUUUCAUUUAUUCAUAUCUAGAACUCAUAUUUUUGUUGUACACCUUUAUAACAUUUUCUGUUGAAAAACAUUUUUAAUUGAAUAAACAAUAUGCUAUAAUUAUAAAUUGUAAUGUCUUAUGAAAAAUAUGGAGUACUCUAAUGUUUAUACAAUAUACACAUUGGUGCCUUUAAAAGUAAAUUAAUUCCUUUCAAAGCAAAGAUGUGCGGAGGAGGGAGGGUAACAAUUUUUUUACACAUCAAAUAGUUACACGUGUUACACAUU